UUUAUAAGAGGUUGCCUAUUUUAUGUUUCAGAGCAAAAGACAUUAGUGGUAGAUCAGGUUUCCACCAAAUCGCUGUUCCAACAGUACUCAAAAUAGGAGAAUGUCUGCCACUGUGUACCCUCCCAGUAUGUGGACUGAUGAAGCGAUUAACUCUCUUACAGAGAAUCACAAGCCAUUUCACGACCACAAACACAUGGAGGAAUUGAUAGAAGAGAUCAGAAACACGUUCCAGUCUAUGGAUAAUGGAAAAAUAAGUCCAUCUGCAUAUGACACGGCAUGGAUAGCCAGAAUACCAUCCAUUGACGAUCCUUCCCAACCUCAGUUUCCACAAACACUGAAGUGGAUUGUCUGCAAUCAAUUAAGCGAUGGAUCUUGGGAAGGAGAAUCAUUUUACUUACCACAUGAUAGACUUCUGAUUACUCUUUCAUGUGUCAUUGCACUUAGAAUAUGUAAGGUGGGGGAAGCGCAAGUGCAGAAGGGUAUUGGUUUUAUUAACAAUCAAACCUCGCUGUAUUUAGAUGAAAGGGAUUAUACUAAUCUGCCAACUGGGUUUGUGAUCCUCUUUUCUUCUUUGUUAAAGGAAGCUCAAGCUCUAAACCUGGGUAUUUCUUAUGAAUUGCCAUUCAUUAAAAAAAUGCUUGCAAUCAGGGAAGCUCAACUUAUAGAGAUUGAUAAUGGUGCCUUAUAUAGCCUAGCAACAUCUGUUUAUUUUUCAUUUGAGGGAUUGCAAGAGGUUAUAGAUUGGACAAAAGUGUUGAACCUCUGUUCCAAGGAUGGAUACAUGUCAGCGUCACUGGCAUCCACAGCCUGUGUUUUUAUGCACACAGGAGACAAAAAAUGUCUGGAUUUCAUAAACUUUGUUGUAACAAUUUGUGGAGACUACGUACCUUGUUUUUACCCUUCUGAUCUUCAUGAACGCCUUGUUGUCAUUGAUACUGUUGAACAUCUGGGAAUUGGUCGCUAUUUCAAAAAGGAAAUCAAGCAUGCAUUGGAUUAUGUAUAUAGGCUUUGGAAUAAUGGAGGCAUCGGAAGGGGAAGAUAUGAUAUCAUUGCAAAUGUCAAUGAUACAAGUAUGGGCUUUAGAAUCCUCAGACUAAAUGGCUAUGAUGUAUCUUCAGAAGUUAUAAAAAAUUUUCAAAAUGAGAAAGGAGAGUUCUUUAGUUUUGCUGACAAAACACAUAGAGAGGUUGAAGGCAUGUUAAGUCUCUACAAAUGCUCCCAAAUAGCUUUUCCCGGAGAAACGAUAAUGAAAGAAGCAAAAAUCUUCACACAAAAUUACCUACAAAAUCUUCCUGAAACAAAGCAUUUUAAUGCUCUUGGAAGAGAAGUCACUGGAUCUUUUGGUGUAAAUUUUAUGGUGGACUACGUAUUGAAAUAUGGAUUCCAUCAGAGUUUACCCAGAAUGGAGGCAAGAUCUUAUAUAGAAGGCUUCUGGCAUUCAGAACAAAAUUCUUGGUUAGCCAGGACCCUUUAUAGGUUGCCAUAUACAAACAAUGAGAAGUAUCUUGAGCUAGCUAAAUUGGACUUCAACACAGUGCAGUCCAUACACCAAAUAGAGCUUCAACAAGUCCAUAAGUGGUGGAUAAAUUCUGGCUUCAGGAAGUUGACAUUUACUCGAGAGAGACAUAUAGAAAUAUUCUUUUCGGUGGCAGCUGGAACGUUUGAGCCUGAAUAUGGUGACUGUAGAAUUGCCUUUACAAAAGUUGGCUGUCUUCUUGUUGUUUUGGACGAUCUAUAUGAUAAGUACAGCUCUUUUGAAGAGAUUAUGUUAUUCAAUGAAGCAUUCAACAGGUGGGAUCCAAACAUAUUACAUUAUAUGCCAGAGCACAUAAAAAUAUGUUUUCUUGGAUUAUACAAUACAAUCAAUGAGUUGGUUGAGAAAGUUCGUAAAGUACAAGGACAUGACCUAUCUGAAUACUUCAAAAAAAUGUGGAAAGUUCAACUUGAAGCUUUCACCAAAGAAGCUGAAUGGUUCAAAUAUAACUAUGUACCUAGGUGGGAUGAGUACAUUGAUGUGUCUACAAUUUCAGGGGGGUUUGGUAUAACUGUUCUCACAUCUAUCCAUUUAAUGGGAGAAGCUAUUACUGAUAAAAUUUUAUGUCAAAUUGAUGAGAAAUCAAAAGUUCUACAUCUUGUUUGCCUAACAACAAGGCUAGUCAAUGAUACAAAAACAUUCAAGGCUGAAAGAGAAUGCGGUGAGCUGGCUUCUGCAAUAGAAUGUUAUAUGAGGGAAAAUCUCAUUUCAGAAGAUGAAAGUUUAGACCAUAUUUAUGGCUUCAUUCAAGAUGGAUUGAUGGAAUUGAAUCAAGAACUAUUCAAGUUUAUUCAAGUGCCAAAGUGCUUUCAAAAUUUUCUUCUAAAUUCAGCAAGGUUGUCACAACUACUUUACAUGCAAACAGACGCAUUCAACAACAAUAUCAUGGAUAAGAAAGAUAUGGUGGAAAAAUGUAUCUUCCAAAAAUUUAGAUAAAAAUAAUUAUGUAAUUAAACUAAAGAGUGUUAAGUGAAGAACCAAAUAAAAAUUAUGUUAAAUAAGUGCUAAAAUUGGGAAUUUUAGAGGUAUCAAAGUUUGGUAGUUAGAUAUCAAAGAAGUCUCACAAUCAUGAUUAACUCUAUGAUUAUAAGAGUUUCAUGUGCUUAUGUAAAACUAUAUAAUGCAAUUAAUUUUUCAUUAAGUGAUA